UUGAUGUGAUUCUCGGACAACAAUAGCCACAUCCAUGACUUCGAAAUCGUCUUGCUGUGUUGGACUACGUGGAUAAGGAUUUGACCGUCUAGUAUUCGGAUACUAACAAAUAGACAGCCUUGCAGCUCUCGUACCAUUCUCACCUAUUUUCGAUGCCGCCGCGUAUCAGGUGUCUAGAUCGCGUGCUGACCCAGCCGCUUGCAAGACAUCAAUCUCGUCGCCGCCCUGGGAUCAAUCACCUUGUGACAGUGGUAACCCCAUCAUCCCCUCCGGUGGCUUUCUGCCAAGCCGAUCGUCCCAUCGACGUCGUCUUACCCCGGUUUUAGAUGCAGAAGAUCCCUUCCAGGGGCCCAGAGCUACCUGCAGGGCUCAGGGCGCUCGCUGAUGGUCGAGCUGCGACGUGGCGACCUCUUCAAACAGCAUUCUUUUCUUUGACGGGCCAACUCGUCUUCCGAAGCCUACCUGUUGCUACGGCUCAGUUGAUACGAUACCGUUAGCUUGGACCCCAAUAUACCCGUCUUGCGAGCCUGAUAGAAAAGAGGUUAUCGUCAGAGGUUACGGUGGAUUUGCCUGGCCGAUCGGCUCUUUCGAUUUUCCCACCCAAGUACCCGUCAGAAAGCCUCAAGAUGCUCUCGUCACUUCUCAAGGCUGGCGUGUUCAGCCUUCUGUCGUUGGCCGGCCUCGUUGCCGGUAAACAAGAUGACCUUGGGAGCGUUCUUCAGUCCAAAUCAAAUCUGUCUACUUAUUACAACCUGAUCAAAAAAUACCCCGAAGUCAUUCUCAAGCUUCCCAGCUACGAUGGCGUCACAAUCAUUGCGCCAUCCAACGCGGCCUUCGAGAACAUUCCCGGUACCCAACUUAACGGCAUCUGGAACGAGUCGGACCCCUCUAUCGCCGUCCCCAUCCUGGAAUACCACAUCCUCCAAGGCACAGUCUCGACCAGCGCUCUCGAAUCGGGUCCGUCGGUCCUGCACUCCUCGCUGCUUCAGGACCCGGCCUGGACCAACGUCACUGGCGGACAGAAUGUCAUGGUGAACAAGCAGCCCGGCAACGUCACCGUCUUCACCUCGUCCGAGGGCAUCCGUACCACCCAGGUCGAAGCUGACAUCAAGUUUGCCGGCGGCCUCAUCCAGGUCGUCGACAAUCUCAUGAUUCCCCCUGCCAGGCUCGAGAACACGACCGACUCCUUCCAGCUCCCCGCCUUCCUGGGGGCGCUCUACACCGCCAGACUCCUACCCUCGCUGUCGGAGAGGAAGAACGUGACCAUCUUCGCCCCGCGUAACGAGGCCUUCCAGCGCGUCGCCGGAUCCCUCCGAGACCUGGACGAAGACGCUGUCCGGAACAUCCUCAACUACCACGUCGUCACAGGCCGCAUCCUCGCCUCGUCGGACCUCAAGAACGGCACGAACCUGACCACACUGUCCCGGCAGGAUCUCAAUGUCAUCCGCUCUGGCAACAACCUCUUCCUCAACUCGGCACAGAUCGUCCAGCCCGACAUCCUCCUCGCAAAUGGCAUCCUUCACAUCGUCGACAACGUCCUGAACCCGAACGCGGCCUCGGCGACGCCGAACCCCACCGCCGUUAGCCAGCCGCCCGUCUUCCCCGAGAGCUCGGCGUCUGGGCUGCCGUUCACGUCGGCGAUUCCCUGCACCGUGAGCUGUCCCGUGACAACCACCGCGACUCCCACGGCAGCAUCGACAAGGGCAUCGAUGACGGCCAUCAGGACUGCCACGAGCCCCGGUGCCGCGGCGCGGACUGGCGUGGCUGCUGGAGCGGCUUUGCUUGCAGGAUUGGCAGCGCUGACUUGAUUCGGAACGGGGCCUGGUUUGCACGGAUAGAUCCAGGCUAUGAUAUCACUGUAAAUGUUGGAAUACUGGAGCAUUGAAUGGAUCAUUUUGUAAAUAGAAGCCAAACCUUGGCAUGAGGAAGUGGAACACUUGGAGUGAAGAAAACAGCGCGGGCAGCCCUAAACUCUUGCCCGGUAUGUCGUGCGCUCACAGAGGCCUUGAUAUU